CCCACAAAGCCAUGGAUACUGAUCUGACCCUACUCAACACCGUUGGGGUGGCAGACCUGGUACUGCUUGAUCCACUGACCGAAGACACAUUGCUGCAAAACCUGAAAGAACGCUUCCAACAUAACGAAAUCUAUACUUACAUUGGGAAUGUGGUGAUCUCAGUGAACCCCUAUCAGCCCCUGCCCAUUUACUCAGAAGAGACGGUGGAACAGUACAAGAACUGUAACUUCUUUGCCAUAAAGCCCCACAUCUAUGCUAUAGCUGAUGAUGCUUACCACUCCCUGAGAGAUCAGGACAAGGACCAGUGUGUCCUUAUUACAGGCGAGAGCGGAGCUGGCAAAACAGAGGCCAGCAAACUAGUGAUGUCGUAUGUGGCAGCUGUCUGUGGAAAAGGUGAACAGGUGAACCGUGUGAAGGAACAGCUGCUGCAGUCAAACCCUGUCCUGGAAGCCUUUGGGAAUGCAAAAACCAUCCGUAAUGACAACUCCUCAAGAUUUGGCAAAUACAUGGAUAUUGAGUUUGACUUCAAGGGUGAUCCUUUGGGUGGUGUCAUCAGCAAUUACCUGCUGGAGAAAUCACGGGUGGUGCAUCACGUCAAGGGCGAGAGGAACUUCCACAUCUUCUAUCAGCUCCUGUCUGGAGGCUCCGAUCAGUUGCUCAAACAGCUGAAGCUAGAGCGAGACUGUGGCCUUUAUGAUUACCUCAACAAGGAGGCCUCAAGCCUGCAGGGAGUGGAUGAUGCUGCUAACUUCAGGGCUGUUCAGGAUGCAAUGAAAGCCAUUGGCUUUUCCUCAGCAGAAGUGACUGCAGUGCUGGAGGUGACAGCUGUCGUCCUCAAACUGGGCAACGUGCAACUGAGCGAACAAUUUCAAGCCAGUGGAGCAGAGUCCUGUGGAAUCAAGAAUGAGCAAGUGAUAAGGGAGAUAUGUCAGCUGAUCCAGCUGGACGAAACAGUAUUUGAACAUGCUUUGUGCUCUCGUACUGUAGAGACCCAUCAGGAGAAGGUGGUGACAACUUUGAGGGUCUCUCAAGGUUACUAUGCACGAGAUGCCCUUGCAAAGAAUAUCUAUAACCGGCUAUUUAACUGGCUAGUUAACAGGAUCAACGAGAGCAUCAAAGUGAAAACAACUGAGCGCAAGAAAGUGAUGGGUGUUCUGGAUAUUUAUGGCUUUGAGGUUUUUCAGAACAACAGCUUUGAGCAGUUCAUUAUCAAUUACUGUAAUGAGAAACUGCAACAGAUCUUCAUCUUGCUGACCCUGAAAGAAGAACAAGAGGAAUACAUCCGGGAGGGCAUUGCGUGGACUGCUGUGGACUUCUUUGAUAACAGCAUCAUCUGUGACUUGAUUGAGGAUAACACAGGUGGGAUUCUUGCCAUGCUGGACGAGGAGUGUCUCCGCCCAGGGACAGUGAAUGAAGCUACUUUCCUGGCCAAACUCAACCAAGUAUUUAAAGAACACAAACGCUAUGAGAGCAGAGUCACCCAGAAUGCCAAACAUAUCAUGGAUGCCAGCAUGCUUUCUGAUUGCUUCCGAAUUCAUCAUUAUGCUGGCAAAGUGACCUACAAUGUGACUGGAUUCAUAGAGAAGAACAAUGACCUGUUGUUUAGAGACCUGUCACAAGCCAUGUGGAAGGCCAAGCAUGAGUUGUUACGCACCCUGUUCCCUGAGGGGGAUCCCGAAAAAGUCUCACUCAAGCGUCCGCCAACUGCUGGCUUCCAGUUCAAAGCAUCUGUGGCCACCCUGAUGAAGAACCUCUAUGCCAAGAAGCCCAACUAUAUCAGGUGCAUCAAGCCAAAUGAUACCAAGAAGCCUGCUGUGUUCACCGAAGCACUGGUACAGACACAAGUGCGCUACCUUGGCCUGCUGGAGAACGUACGUGUUCGAAGAGCUGGCUAUGCCUAUCGCCAAGUCUAUGAGCCAUGCCUGGAACGCUACAAAAUGCUCUGCAAGGAGACCUGGCCACACUGGAAUGGAAGCGCCGGAGAUGGUGUUCAAACCCUCUUGGGCAGCCUGCCAAUUGAUCCCAAGGAGCUGGCAUAUGGACACACCAAGAUCUUCAUCCGCACCCCUGCUCUGCUUUUUGACUUGGAAGACCGACGUCAGCGGCGAGUACAAGAGCUAGCUGCCCUGAUCCAAGCAACUUACCGGGCAUGGAAAUGCCGCAUGCACUAUCAAAAGAUGCGCAAGAGCCAGAUCCUUCUCUCUGCCUGGUUCCGUGGCAAUGCACAAAAGAAGAAGUAUACCAAGAUGAAGAGGUCAGCUCUUCUUAUCCAGGCCUAUGUCCGAGGCUGGAAGUCUCGUAGGCUUCUGCGAGAGUUGAAGGAACAGAAGCGCCGCACCCAGGCAGCCACGAUCAUUUCUGCUUAUUGGAAAGGUUAUCAGUCUCGCAAGCUCUUGCAGGAGCUGAAGGAAGAGAAGCGCCGCACUCGGGCUGCCAAUACCAUUGGUGCUUAUUGGAAAGGUUAUCAGACACGAAAGGAGUACAAGAAGUAUUUCCGUUCUGGGGCUUCUGUCUGCAUCGCCACUUUUAUCUACCAAAGCCUGAUACAAAAAUUUCUCCUGACUCUGAAAAACAACUUGCCUUCCAUGACGGUGACGGACCACGCUUGGCCCCCUGCUCCCUACAGAUUUCUCACAGAUGCUAACCAAGAAUUAAAGAAGAUCUUCCACCAUUGGCGGUGUAAGAAAUAUCGGGACCAGCUGCCACCACAGAGAAAAGCAGCUCUCCAAGAUAAACUGUGUGCCAGUGAGUUGUUCCGGGGCAAGAAAAGCUUGUAUGCCAAGAGUCUCCUGCAGCCUUUCCAAGGGGAAUACGUGGGUCUGAAAGACAACCCCAAGUAUCGCAAGCUCCAGUCCACCGUUGAUGGCAAACUGGUGAUGGCAGACAACGUGAGGAAAGUCAACCGGGCAGAUGCGAAGGCAUUUCCUAGACUUUUCCUUCUCACCAAGAGUCAUGUGAUCCUGGCUGAUCCCAAGGCAGCUCAACCCAAAACCGUAAUCACCUUGAGUGACAUUGACUGUGUCUCUGUCAGCUGCUACUCAGAUGGGUUCUUCGCUUUGCACCUUAAAGAGUCUUCCACAGCGAGUGGCAAAGGGGACUUCUUGCUUAUCAGCGACCACCUGAUUGAACUGGUCACCCGACUCCACCAGACAAUAUUGGAGACUACAAAGCAGAAAUUGAAACUCCAAGUGACUGAUGAGUUCCUGGUGAAGUCCAAGCAAGGUAGCAUCACUGUCAAGGUAGUGGAGACGGCAGAGAAACAGGGCACAGCACCCGUCUGCAGAAAGAAAGGGAGCCACAGAAUGGAAGUGCUGGUCCACUGAGGUGAAACUGGACAACAGGAAAGAGAUACCAGGAGAAUACUGAUUGUCCAGAGACAGAACCCCCAAGACUCCAGAUCUUGGAACCUUCAACCUAGUUACAGCCCACCACCAAAUCAGUGCUUCAGAAUCUCUCAAGGGCAGCUAUCUAAAUAUCUACAUUCAGAACUGACUGUGCACCAGUUUCUCCAUUUGAUAAACAACACUUGUGUCAACUUCCAACAUUUUGGGAAGCGGCCUCUCUCCUGUAGAAGACUUAUAGAAUAUGAGGGAGAACGGGGCAAUAAAAGAAACUCAAAUGAAA